CAUACGUGUAUUUAAUUAGAGAUGUUCAUACAUCAUAUGAGUUCAUGACAAAUGGAGUAACAUUCAAGCAAUCAAACUACAGAAAAACGAAAAUCAAAUCUCACAUACCAAUGGAUGAUUCUCAGGGAUCCUAUCAACCCAACUCCGAUGGCAUCCCAACAGAUCUAUUCGUCUCCAAGAAGAAGAAGAAGCCACACAACACAAUCACGACCUCCAACGCUGCCAAUCUCAGAUUCACCGAUUCUUCUGCAAAUUUAGUCUUCUCCGUUGACCCUCCUCCUCGAUUGAACACUCCUACUACGUUUCUUAAGCGUCUACUUGCUGAUUCUUCUGGAAAUCCCCUCAUUUCCAUUGCUCGUAACCAGAAAUCGACAUGGCAGGGUUUUAGGAAGGAUGGUAGUGAAGAGAAGGAUUUGAUGUUCAGAGUGGAGAGAAUAAGGAAUAAGCUUACGAGACUGGAGUUUCAAGUGUUUGUUAAUAAUGGAAACCCUAACAAGUCCGAUUUCAAGAUGAGAGGUUCACCCUUUCAUAGAUCCUGCACCAUUUAUAAGGGCGACUCCAUAGUAGCACAGACUAGUCUUAUGUACAAGCUUGGGAUCCAAAAUGUAGUGGUGGCAAGAAAUAGAUUCCGAGUAACAAUAUUUCCAGGAUAUGCGGAUACUGAUUUUAUUGUAGCUUUGAUUGUUAUAUUUUUCUAUGGUCGAAAAUUAUGGAUUUAAAUAUAAAUGCAUAAAUUGUACAUUCUUGUAUAUAUGUCAAUUGAGUA